AUGGGUAGCAAUAAUACCAACGGCGCAGCCUCAAAAGGCCUGCGCAUCCUCAUCGUCGGCGCAGGAAUUGGCGGCUUGUCGGCCGCUAUCGCGUUAAAGAAAAAUGGACACUAUGUCAAAUUGCUUGAGCGAUCUCGAUUCGCCAACGAGAUAGGUGCCGCUAUCCACCUAUCGCCAAACUGCAACUCAGUGCUCCAAAGACUCGGUAUUGACGCUGCCCAGUUUGGUGCAGUCGAGACAGAAAAGGCAUGUAUCUUCUACAGGUGCACGACCGAGGCUGACUUGCAUGUCAAUGUGAAGAAACAUGCGGGUCUAUGGAGAUACCCAUGGCUUCUGGUUCAUCGCGCGCAUCUUCACGAGCAUCUGAAAGCUGCCGCGUUGGCAGUGGGAUGUGAACUGGCCACCUCAAGCAAGGUUGCCGAUAUCGAUCCUCAUCACGCCACCAUUACUUUGGAGAACGGUGAAGUCCUGGAGGGCGACGUGGUUAUUGCAGCCGACGGCGUUCAUUCCGUGGCGCGAUCCAAAUUGAGUGUGGCCAGUAACGUCAAGCCAUUUAGUUCAGGGAAAAAUGCAUUUCGAUUCCUGAUAUCGCGUAAAGAGGCGAUGGAUGACCCCGAGACCCGAGAGAUUUCUUCCGACCUCGGUGCGCUCGAUAUGUUUGACUCCCCUGAUAGACGGGUGGUUAUCUAUCCCUGUGUUUACAACGAGCAGCUCAACUUCGUUUGCAUUCAUCCGGCGGAGAUGUCUGCUGUUAACAAGGACGCGGAUUGGAAUCAGCAGGCCAGUAAGGAGUCCUUACUAGACGUGUACAAGGAUUUCAGUCCCAAGGUCGUGAAGCUGCUAGCCAAGGCAGACCCCCAGACCUUGAGGGUAUGGCCUUUGCUAGACAUGGAAACGCUGCCAUCGUGGGUGGAGGAUCGAAUGGCUCUUAUAGGUGACGCGGCACAUCCAUUUCUUCCGUACCGAGGGUCAGGUGGAGGAAUGGCCAUUGAGGAUGCCAUUUCGCUCGCGGUAAUGCUACCGGGCGACGUUGAUCCUCAACAGGUGCCGGAGCGUCUGAAGCUGUACGAAAGAGCCCGCCACACUCGCGCCACGAGAGUCCAGCAGAUGACCCGGGAUUCCUCCCAUGGGCCGCUUCCUCCAGCCGAAUCGCAGGCCAUCACGUGCUACAUCUACGGGCACGAUGAAUUCGACCAUUCAACUCAGGUUCUCCGGAGACAUCUCUGGAGUCAGUCCCCGCGAAAAUACUGGCGUCAACCCACCGUGUUUGGUCCCAUGCCCGGUCCUCGCCAAGACUUUCAAGGCCGUGAUCGAGCCACCAAGUCUUUGAAGUCUACUUUUCAGACGGCAUCAAUUCGGUUCAAGACAAGCCGCACUCUUCUCCAGAACCUACUUCCGAAUGAGUCAUACAGCUUCAGCAGUCCCAGCACCUAUGCCUAUGCCUCAUUCUCGCAGACAAAGCUUGACGGCAUGGACUGGCUUGGCGGCGGCGGAUACCGCCACCUUGGACUGUACAUCGAGGGGGUGCAGUACAAGAAAGCCAACGGUGAGAUCAUCCGAGGAACCUACAUGCCUAUUCUGUUUGAAAACCUGGCAGACCCGAUUAUCUCUGGCAGGGAGGAGCUAGGGAUGCCAAAGCUUUAUUCCACAAUCCAUGCGCGCGAGCGUGCUCAGUCGUAUCACCUGGAAGCCGGCUGGGAAGGUGUUGUCUGGGGGCGUUUUCACUUGGAUGAACUGGAAGAUGAAGUUCUAGGCCGUGAUACAGGCACGAUCGGGGGUGAGCCUAGCGACGGGAUUUUGGUCCACCGUUGUCUUCCCAAAGUUGGUCGGGACUGCAAAGGCGACGCCGAGGCCGAGUAUCCCGUAUUCGUCCCGCAUGCAGAAGAGUCUAAGAUAGUUCCAUCCAAAGUGACUCGCGUGCGUCGAACAAAAAAGGCCAGCUUCCAGAUCGACGGACUGAGCUGGGACCUACUUCCCACCCUACACCAUGUGAUUGACAGAAUUGGAGAAAUCCCCGUGGACGAAAUCGUAUCUGCCAAGGUGGUGGAGGGCGAGGGCGUACCGGAUGUCUCGUGCGCCAGGCGGCUGGAAUAGGC